AAUCUCAGGCUCCCUGCGUCCUCUACAGAAGAGUUUUUGGAAGGCUCUGACUCUCUGAGUUACAUUUGGAACUACAAUUCUACAAAAGUUUCACUUGUGGGAUAAAAAAGACAGACGAGAGUCCAGAGGAGACCAGUGAGGUCCAAAUCAUCAUCCCCUACCCUCCCUGUUGGCAUGGCAACCAGCAGCUCAUCGUCGCCACUAAUGAAAAACAAACCUCAGCGGCAGAGAUUGGUCAGCAAGGAUGGGCGGAGUCUUAUGCGCAGCCCUGCUUCCGGUUUGCGGGAAACAUGGGUCGGGGCAUUUAAGGACAUGUGGGGGGCAUGGCUUUCCCUGCGCUGGCGUUGGGUGGUGCUGGCGUUCUGCGGUUCCUUCCUCCUCCACUGGCUGCUCUUUGCUGUACUGUGGUACGUCUUGGCGCGUGCCAAUGGCGAUUUGGGCGUCGACCACGACAACCCACCUCCCGGGCAUACGCUGUGUGUCAAAUAUGUCACAGGAUUCACAGCAGCGUUCUCGUUCGCCCUGGAGACCCAGCUGACCAUCGGAUACGGGACCAUGUACCCCAACGCCGAUUGCCCCACAGCCAUCGCCCUUCUUGCACUGCAGAUGCUGCUGGGGCUCAUGCUUGAGGCCUUCAUAACUGGUGCCUUUGUGGCUAAGUUCUCUCGUCCGCAAAAGCGCUGCAGUGGAAUCUUAUUCAGUCCGAAAGCCGUGGUGUGUGAAGUCGAAGGUCAACGUUGCCUGAUGUUCCGAGUGUGCAACCUGCUCUCGCGGCCGCUAGUUGACGUGUGUGUGAGUGCCGUACUCUAUGAGGAACAGGACGAUCACACAAUCCGCCAAACUGCAUUAGAUUUCUUGUUGGAUGGCUUGGGCUCACGACCUUGCCCACUCUUUCUGUCACCUUUGACCUUUUUCCACCCCUUGACCCCAGAGAGCCCGCUGAAUCGUGCCAUGCCCCCUUCAGGCCAGUCUCAGUUCGAGUUGGUUGUGUUUCUUUCUGCCUCCCAAGAGGGAACUGGAUCCGCCUACCACAAGAGGACGUCCUACUUGGCUGAUGAGAUUCAAUAUGGCCGCCGUUUCACCAAGGCGGUCCUACACGGAGAACGGCGGAACAGCGCUCAGGCUAUGCGCUUUUUCGACACACAUAUUUGCCCAUAUAUGGGACCCAACACGUACAGCAACUCUCGGGACAAGGAGUGUGUGGUACAGGUUAAUGGAGAUGGUAACGAUGCAGUAGAAUAGCUGUGUGUGUGUCUGUGUGUGUGUGUGUGUGUGUGUGUGUGUGUGUGUGUGUGUCCUCAUUUUGUCCUUAUCCAUUCUGUGCACACCACUUGGCAUUUCACUUGAGAACAGCUUCUCAGUCUUACAUUUCAUUCUAUUAAUGCUCAUAACUAGCCAGAACUUGGUCAUAUACUAAUCACUAGCUAGUACCUGUCUAGUCGCUAGUCCCCAGAUAGAAUCUGACUGAAUCCUUAUUAAAUUUCAAAACAACAAUAAAAUGUUUUCUAAUUUCACUCAAUGCUAAUUUACAGAUUCUAAACUGCUAGGAGGACCCAACUGGAUGCUAAUCAAGAGCAUGGAAGCAACCACAAGCUAAAUCCCACCUAGCCUGUCAUUUGAAGCUUUUCAUUAAGUUCUUCCUAAGUGAAACCACUAGCAUUUCAGACCUACUCCCUGCGACAGUCAGAAACUAUACCGUUUUGCAUUUGCCCUUCUCUGAAAUGCCUAGGUCGAUGUUGAAAAAUACGCUCCUUCAUCAAAUUGAGAUUCUGAAUGGAGAGAAAACUCUAUCUUUCACCUUAGAGGACUGGAUUUAAGCAACACUCUUCUUCUGAAUCACAUCUGGACUUAAAAACGAAGAAAAACCAUGAAACGGGGAUGAACGUUUGCUGCAAUGUGUGAGGAUUUGAGAAUUAACGAUUAUAACUGAUGAUUUUAGAGUAUGUUGCUUAUCGCUAAACAGUUCUACUGCUUAUGGGCUAUAAAUUAGCAUUGAGGUGCCAGGUGAUUGUGGUACCAGUUAGGAAAAAAAAAGCAUGGAGAUAUGAAACCUUGGAAACAUGCAGAAUUACAUUAGCUGGCCACUUGAGGGGAUGGGAAUUUGGAUUGUUUAAUUUUUUUUUUCUGUCCGUUUUUUUUUUAAAUAUACUUAGCUCUGUCAGCUUUGAGUGUCUAGUUAAACUCUUAUACACAAUGCUAAGUUCUAACAUAUAAGCUAAGAACCUGUGUAGUAAAAACCCAUUCACUCAAGUGGCAAAGCCUGGACAGUUUUUUGGUUUUUGGUUAGAAGUCAAAGUCACAUGAGACAUUUUUUUUCCCGUAUGAAGGACGAGCAAUUAAUGGAGUCUGCACAUAGAUCUGCAUGAUUAUACUGAUAGUCGCACACUGUAUAUAAUUUGUUUUUUAAUUUUGCUAUUAAAACCUAGGUAACACCUUUUUUGUGCAUUAUUAAAGUACUUAUCUUCUCUGAGGAUUUGCUCUGAAGGAUUUUUAUGAGCAGAGGUAAAUCGUUAAGUGUCUUUUUUUUUUCCUCUUCUAAGUAAUCAAUCUAAUAUAUCCUGUAAAUCAGAAAUCAGAGAGUUUUAUAUAAGUAUUGUUUGUGUGUAAAUUGUUAUUACCCUUAAGAUCUCUUUUUUUUUCCUUUGAUGCCAAAUGGAAAACAUUUCUAAACAUUGAAUAUGGUUUGUACAUUAAACUGUGCGGAAUAGACUAUAUGGUCUGUGAAAGAAGUACCAUAUACUGUACCAUUAAUGUUAAAUUAAAUAAUAUUCUUAAAAAAUACUGUAUAUUUUAACAACUUUUUUGAAUACUUUUAUAUGCAGCGCGAUCAGUUAUGACACGUCGUCCUCACCCAUAUCAGUUUAGUUUCAUUUUUCCUAACAGUGUCAGACAAUUAUAUCCUUAAUGGCCUUCCAUAACAUACAACAGACGUGUUGAGCAAAUUAUGGCCCUGACUAGUUAUAGACCUACUGUAAUUCCCUGGAGAAUCAGUGUUAUAUAGUUUUUCUCAAAUAAAUUAAAAUAAAAUAAAAACAGUAGAACGUGUGUCAAGUGUGAAUGGUUGAGGCCAUAACUGUUAUGAUAUGAGUGAUGAGUGAUAAGCACAAUGCGUUACUGUUAAUAAAUAAAAAAUUGCAGUUGCUGGCAAAAUCA